AUGUCGAGGGCGCAGUUCUUGAGGGAAUACAAGUUGGUAGUUGUCGGCGGUGGUGGUGUCGGUAAAUCUGCCCUCACCAUCCAAUUCAUUCAAAGUCACUUCGUCGACGAAUACGACCCAACAAUCGAGGACUCGUACCGCAAGCAAUGCGUCAUUGAUGAAGAGGUCGCAUUGCUCGACGUCCUCGACACCGCUGGUCAGGAGGAAUACGGAGCCAUGCGGGAGCAAUACAUGCGCACUGGUGAAGGCUUCCUCCUCGUUUACUCUAUCACCUCCCGCGACUCUUUCGAGGAAAUCAGCACUUUCCAUCAACAGAUUCUUCGUGUGAAGGACCAAGAUUCGUUCCCUGUUAUCGUCGUCGCUAACAAGUGCGAUCUUGAGUAUGAGCGACAAGUUGGAAUGAAUGAGGGCCGUGACCUUGCAAAACACUUUGGCUGCAAGUUCAUCGAAACAUCGGCUAAGCAGCGCAUCAACGUCGACGAGGCAUUCAGCAACCUCGUCCGCGAGAUAAGAAAGUACAACAAAGAGCAACAAACAGGCAGACCCGUUAUGGCCAACUCCGGUGGCGGCGGACCUGGGGUCUACAGUGGCAAAGGUGACGCUCAUGAAGGCGAUCAUGGCGGAUGCUGUAGUGGUUGUGUAGUCGUAUGA